GACUCGCUUUUAAAAGUUAUGGUGAGAUCAGAAUCGCCGUAAUACUCACGGAGCAAACAGAGAAACACUGGGUCGAGACCCAGUAAUCCGUCUGCUCUAGUAUAUCUGAUCGAUUCAUCAUUUCUGACCACAGCCUAAACCGUGGCUGCCCCGAGUUGUGAAAAUGCCUAUCGAUCAUCGCAACAAAGCUCACGAGUCGGUUAUUAUCAUCUCUAAAUCCGAGCAGGGCAACUAGGAUCCGAUCAAAUAAGAUCACGGUGUAGAUUUUUUUUUUUUUUAACACAAAAAAGACAAACAUUCACGCACACAAGCAUUCACGCACUCACCUCACACAUACGACACAUUCAAAUGACCUGACUUCCUGGUUGACUUCAGUAAGUAGACCCGUGGAAUUAUGGGAAAACAUUACACAGUCCAAAAAACCACAGCGCCCCCAUGUGGUCGCCGACGAUAACGUUACCUAAUAUUUUCUUGACGUUUAUGAAUACAGCCAUGAACAAAUUUAGCCAACACAAUGUUAUUUUCAAAGAAACAACAACUUUAAUAAUUUUCUUAUAAGAUCAAGAGUUCAUGGAAGUAAGGUAGAGGGUUAAAUCAGAACUGAUGUCCGCGUUAAUUAGUUAAUCUGGCGUUCUGCGUGCCUCGUAAAGGUGCGGGUUAAUCUUGAAUGUCGUAAUGAGCUUGAACGGAUAUGUCUACUACCAGCAUUACUGAACACAAACAGAGUAAACACAGUGGGUGAGGAGAAGACCACACUCUCCAGACUGCAUAAUGCUGGACCUUAACACAACAAAAAAACAACCACCUGUAUGCAUUGAGCAACCAGGGUUUAGACAUCACAAAAAAGAGAAUUAUGUGAUUCAUCCUCCAGCGGCCCAAGAGGACACAGACGGUGAGGAGGAAGUCAUUCAACUCAGGAAACUGAAUGGCUCACCCAGCGAGAGCCCCAGUCACCAGAAUCUCCAUAAGGAGCUUCUGUUUGCCCAUAAAAAAGGGCUGCUGUUGGAGGAGAAACCAGAACUGAAGCGUGUCUUACAGCAGAGGAGACUUGACCUGCACAAAGAGCAGGAACUUGCCCUCCGACCUCCUUCAGACCUAGAACAAGAGCUACGCAAGCGGCAGCAGAAACUACUGGAGUAUGAAAUAGCGGAAAAGAGGCGUUUGGAAGAUCAGAAGAACAUUCCAGAAUUUGUGCGAGUGAGAGAAAAUCUGCGACGCAUACAGAUUACCGAAUGAAACUGAUGCAGGGAAGAAGAUGCGCCUUUUAUUUUUUCAAUUGGUGUAUUGUAAAAAAAAGUGUAUCAUGUAAUGAAAUGAGGGGGCAUACAGCCCAAAUUAUGUUUGUAUGUAGUCUUGUAUUUGGAGUUUGUUA